AUGACUCGGAUUUUAGUUCAGCGAGGCAGUGGUUCUUCUUCAAACCAGAGCCGUGCAGGGUCUUCUUCUUCGGCUGCUCGGCCAGAUACACAAGGUACUAGCAUCCCUCAGGCAGUUUCAAUUGUGAAAGAUGAGGAGAUUGGUGAGGAGGUGCAAGAGCAGGUGGUGGUUGAUGAAUUCUUGGAGAACAGUGGUAUUAAUGAUAAUAAAGUGGUAAAAAGUGAUGAGCUUUUGAUGGAAAACAUAAAUGGUAACCGAAAUGAGAGUUUCAAUGAUGAAAUUGUUGAUAACGAGAAAGUGGGUAAUGAUGAAGGAGUGGGCUCAGGGGAUUCGGUUAAAGCUUUGAGUGGAUUGAUUUUGGAGAGAUCCCCGGUAGAGAGUGAAGGCUCAAGUGCUGAUUCUCCAGAGGUUGGUAGUGGAAGCCCACAGCCACCUCCUCCUCCUGUGCCACCUCCAAAACCUGCCUUAACAAACUCAAGUUCAAGGAGAUUUGUGUCGGGAGCUUCGAAUUCUGUGCGAAUUGGUUCGUCUAGGAGAGCUGUUGCUUGGCCUGCUGUUUCAACUAGGUCUUCACCAACUGGAUCACGGCCAUCCUCUCCUAGGUCUCAUGGUGAAAAUGAGGGGUACAACAGUGCUGAUGAGCAGAAUCCUUGCUUCGUUUCCUCCUAUGAUGAUCUUGAAAGAGAGCGACAGUUUGAGAUUGACCUCAGAAGGUCCAAAGGAUUUGAAGUCAAAAAAAUGUUGGAGGAUGGGAAUUGUCUCUUUCGUGCUGUGGCAGAUCAGGUUUAUGGGGAUUCUGAAAUGUAUGAUUUGGUCAGACAACUGUGCAUAGACUAUAUGGAAAGGGAAAGGGAUCACUUUUCUCAAUUCAUAACUGAAGGUUUUACAUCUUACUGCAAGAGGAAGAGAAGAGACAAGGUUUAUGGAAACAAUGUGGAGAUUCAAGCUUUAUCAGAAAUGUACAAUCGACCAAUCCACAUCUACUCUUAUAGCACAGAACCUAUCAACAUAUUUCAUGGGAGCUACAAUACUGAAACACCGCCCAUUCGGCUAAGCUAUCAUCAUGGUAACCACUACAACUCUCUUGUCAACCCACGGCGUUCAACAAUUGGUGCAGGACUUGGUUUCGGCUGUCUUCAAGGGGCAAAUGUGGACAGAGAUCAGGUCAAAGCUGCUAUUAAAGCUCAACAAGACCAGCAGAUUGAUAAUGCACUUUUGGCUGAGGGGCGGUUUUACUCUGAUCUUGAGCUUACCGAGAAGGAGAUUGAACGCAUGGUGAUGGAAGCUUCUAGAGCCGAGUAUCUUGCCGAUGACAAGUUCAAACCACAACUUGGUCGUAAAGAAUCUUCUACCUCUGGUGCAGAACCAUCAUCUUCUGGCGCUAGUAAGUACUCAGAUCUUACACGGGAUGGGAUCUCAGUUACUUUAUAUGCUUAUUGGUCUAUGAGAAGAUCAUCAGGCAGUGAGACGACCAAGGCAGAAGGUACUGUCCUUAGCAGUAGUGUGCAGAUGGUACUGUCAAUGGGAUUCUGCUACCUGCAAGUGAUCGAGGCCCACAGAAUAUUUGGUGAUGAUGUGGAUUCAAUGGUUUGUUACCUCUUGGAAACUAGCAGCAGCAGCAGACGCAAAGGCAAGGCAACUGAAUAA